UCAGAUGUUGCCGUGAAGGGACCCCAAGCCAGACAUUCGAAUCGGUGAAAGAAAGUCGCGAGUGAAAUUUUUGUGUGCGCUCAGAAACCGCUGAAACAUCGGUUGGCUGGAACGAAUGCCGAUGACAAAACAAACGUAAAGCGAAACGGUUCGAAAUCGAAAACACCAAAAUCAAAAGUGCUGUGCCGAGGGCCAAUUGCAAUUGGCAAAGUGAAGAAAGUUGGUGUGAAGCGGAGACGGAGACACGGAGUACUAAAAUAUACUCAAAGAAGCCCACAGACGUCAUCAGUAAAAGUGAAUUUUGAUCUUGAUUAGCCGCCCAGCUAAUCCAAGGCCCAAUUGAAGCUAAUCCAGCCACAAACACAUCAACUCAAAAAUGAAGGUACUUGGUCUGAGUCUUCUGCUGGUGGCCACUACACUGCCCCUGAUGUGUCACGCCCUGCCCGCUGCCACAGCCGCGGAAAAAUCGCUCUCGCUGGAGGACACAGAUCUGGACAACGAGCCCGGUGAGAGUGUUAAGGAAUCGCAGGUGCAAAAGCGAUCCGGUAGCUUCGAUUACGUGGCGCACCUGAAGUCCGGCCUGUUGUCCGGAAUUGGCCAGGCCUCCGCUUCGAUAGCCUCAGGCAGUUCCGGCGGAAGCAGUGGCGGGGGGGAUAGCUACAAGUCGCACGAGAUUGUUGUCCAUGGCAACUCAGUGGACUAUGACCCGUGGUCGUUUAAGAAGUCCGUCCUGAACACCAUUUUCCAGGCGGUCAAGGCCAUUACAGGUGGAGUAACCGCUCUCAAGGGUCAGCUGAUCAAGGGCAGCGGCUAUGCUUUGAGUGCGGGAGGAAACCUGGUGGCUGCCGGCGGUGACAAGGUCACGGACGUGGGCAAGUCCAUCAUCAACUCGGCGCACAUCAACUCCCACACCUACGCCACUAGUCACUCCUCCGGCGGCGGCGGACUCUUCGCCAAGCUUAGCUCCCUGUCCGGCGCCUCCUCGGGCGGCAGCAGCGGUCACAAGUCACCGAGUCCUGUAGUUCACACUGAAACGAUCACCACGUACGAGAUCCCAACCGGCCACGCCAGCUACGGUCCGCCGUCGAAGCCGCCGUCCUACAGCAGCGCCACACACCAGUACCUGCCGCCCGUGGGCGGUGCCAGCUACGGCGGAGGCAGCGGCGGUGGAGUUCCCUUCAGCAUCAGCCACCCGGCGGCCUUCGAUUCACCGCCCAGCAAUUACCUGCCAUCGGCCUAUGGACAAGAUGCGGCCAGUGCCAACAGCAAUGAUUUCAACAUCUACGGCCGCCACACAAAGCUGACGGAUGAUGAGGCCCGAAAGGCGGCCAACCAGUUGCAGGAGAUCCUCAGCCUGCUGCCCAACGGAAAAACGGAGUACACCGCCUCCAAAACUGUGGCCCUGGACACUGGAAAUGUGCCCACCGGCACUGGAUUGGAGCAGGCAGAGGUCUACAACAGCUACGGCCUGCCGCUGCCCAAUAAUCUGGGCACUUUGGAGUCCCUGUCGCACACUGAGUCAAUAACCGCAGCCUACAAUCCCGCCGCUAAGAGUCCGGCGGAUGUGUACCACCAAAUGGCCAAGAGACCUACUGCCGAGGAGCUGUAUAUUCAGAAGCAUCCGAACGAGGGCUACGACUACCCACCGCCAGCAGCUGCUGCUCCACCUCCACCACCCCCUCCCCCGGCUGCCAACGACUACCGGGUGGAGAACUACCAUGCUAACAAGAACAACGCUCUAAAGGACCUCAGCCCAAUCAUAGCCGCCUUGGAGGUGGCCAAGAGGAGAGGGAACAACGGCAGCAGUGCUCCGAUAUACUCCAUUGAGAAGCAGGUGCACAAGCAGCCGCAUGCACCCUUCCAGUAUUUGCCUCCAGUGGUGCAGAAGUCAAAGUACGUGUACAGUGCACCACCCGGCCCACACCACGGCGGCUACAAGGUGCGCCGUCAUGUGGCACCGAGCUCCAAGCACGCGAAACGGGUCUUCCGGCAGCAGGACUACGAGAUUCAGGAUCCCCUGAUGUUCAACCGACUGCUGGAAGUCUAGGGUUAUUCCUCGUAGCUUCUAGCAGUAGCCCUCUAAGUCAUUUUCAGCAUUUACGCCUAACUUAUUUAUGUUCUCGUUAUCGUUAUCGCUAUCGUAAUUAAUUAUUUAUUGAGCUUCCCAACCCACUUGUUGGCAAUAAACAGAGCAGGCCACAGAAUUGCAUUCAGCACAGCAUGCAAAAAAAAUUAAAUCCCCAGCACCACCACUCUUACUUUUUCUUCAUGCACCCCCACAAUCUUCUGUUGUAGCACCACUGAACAAUCAGACCGGAACACAUUCUCACCUUUCACCGCUCUCUUUCCAGUCUAUCAUCAGUAAAGCAAUUUUAUUAAAAGGACGAAAAGGAAGCUGUGGACCACUGCCCAUUUCGUCAACAGCACAGUCCAUCUUCACGUAUCCUAGAGUUAGUCAAAAACCGUUCCUGCCUAUUCCGAAUCUAUCUGCUGUCACCCUGUCAGAUAUUGUCCAAAAACAUUUUUCGAAUCCGAUCUGAAGAACCGACCUCCAGUGGGUGUCACAAGAACUGCAUAAGUUUCCAUAAAUUUAAUCUUCCCCAUGCCUAAAUUUAAGUAUUUAAAUUAAA